CAAGCUCAUCCGAGUUUGUACCGCGCAUGCGCUGUCCACUCGCUCCUGAAUGGCCGCUGAGUUGCUGCUCUAGUCUUCUCGUCUUCAUCACGUUCUGGUGCCGGCCCUCCUGCAUCCUCAUGGCUCGCGUCUUCGUCUACGGCACCCUGAAGAAGGGGCAGCCCAACUACCACCGCAUGUUCGAGGGCGCCAACGGGAAGGCGGCGUUCCUCGCCUCGGCCCGCACCGCCCAGCGAUACCCGCUGGUGAUCGCCGGCGAGCACAACAUCCCCUUCCUCCUCAACCUCCCCGGCCAGGGCCACCGAGUCCACGGAGAGAUCUACGAGGUGGACGACAAGAUGCUCCGAUUCCUGGACGACUUUGAACAAGUCCCCGACCUCUACCAGCGGACUCGGGUCACGCUGGAGGUCAAGGAGUGGGCGGGGCAGGCGGCUGGGGAGGCGAGGCCGGCGCCGGGCGCCACCGAGGCAUUCCUGUACAGCACGACGACGUACCGGCCCGACUGGCCCUCGCUGACCUGCUACGAGAGCUACGACGCGCACGGCGCUCACGGCCUCCGGUACGUGGCCAGGACGGAGCGAGACUGACUACCUCCUGGCCAAUCAGCUCCUUUGUGGGCGGGGUCACGUGCUUCAAUACACUCCCGUACCGAGUCCUCACUACUUCAUUAUUAAAGAUAGGAAGUGUGAAAAAGUAGUUAUUUGAUGAAUUACAGCAGUGUUAUCGUCUUUAUAAGCUAAAUGAACAUUUACACUCAUGUUGGCUGAUAGAUCCACUUUUUAAUAAUAAUAAUAACAAUAACAACGUCAAUAUGCAACUUUUUUUAACGAUUUUCCUCGUCGUAAAUUGUUUAAAAAGCUUAAAAUGCUAAACUGUGUUUGUUUUACCCUCCAGUGCUAAAAGGCACUUUGAUAUUAAAAUGUAACAUCGUCCUCUGA